AUGAGUUACAAGAAGUUGGAUGAAGAUCUUGAUGAUGCUAAAGAAUAUGUGGAUCCUGAAGAAGCUGAGGGAGAUGGAGAAAUAAAUAUGGGACAAGGAAGUGAUGCAAAGAGUGAUAUUCAUGAUUAUGAAUAUAGUCUUAAUAGUGAAGGGGAUGAAGGGGAUGAAGGUGAUGAAGGUGAUGAAGGUGAUCUUAUUGCUAAUCAAGAAUCUGCUGCCCAUGUGAAUGUUGGUCAAGAGGUAGAUGAUGAUGAGCAGGAGGUCCACGAAGAACACGAGGAUACGAUUAGGAUUGCAUGGCAACAAAUUUGCCAACAAUUGAACUAUAUCAGAGAACAUGAAGAAAAUGAUCAAACUAUGCGGAGAGAAUUAGACUUUUUGAGGAGCCAAGAAAAAGACGUUAGUGCCAAACUGAAUGCAGGCAACGUGCGGCAUGGAAAGAGACCAAGAGAGGAGGUAACAAAUUGGUUGAAAAACUUGGAGGAGAUAGAAAGUGAUGUGAACAGCUUAGGCACUGGUGAUGCACAAUUUUGGUCAUAUUACUACUCCCGUUUGAAGAGAAGCAAGAAGACAGUGGAAAUACUCCGUGAAGUCAAAGAUCUUCAAGAGAAAGGAAAGCCAUUUGCUCAAGAGGAAAAUUUAUUUAUUGAUUCACUACCCGAAGCUUCCUCCAGUUUACCUGCAGCAACCUUACAUGGCACUUCAGCUGAAAAGAAGAAAGAAGAGAUUUUGCAAUGCAUCAUGAAUCCUGAGGGUGGUAAAAUUGGUGUGUAUGGUAUGGGCGGCGUUGGCAAGACAACAAUUGUGACACAGAUUUACAAUGAGUUACGCAAAAAGAAAGUUUUUGAAAUCAUCAUUUGGGUGACUGUUUCAAGUUCUUUCAAUGAGAAGGAGCUACAAAAUAAAAUUGCAGAAGGGUUACAUUGUCAACUCUCUUCAUCCGCAGAUUUAAUGAGUAGAGCACAGGUAUUACAUGAAGCUUUUAGAAGGAGGAGGAACUUUGUCAUCAUCUUAGAUGAUAUUUGGAAAAGAGUUUCUCUACAAAAUGUGGGUAUUCCUGAGCCUAAUGGAAGUAAUGGGUCCAAAGUUGUGUGGACCACUCGUUCCAUGAACGUUUGUAAUAGCAUGGAGAGCGAAAAAGAAAUUAAAGUAGAGGGCCUUACUGAUGAAGAAGCUUGGAGUUUGUUCAAGGAUAAAGUUGGUGCUGAAGAUGUUAUUAUGUCGACUGAUAUACAACCAAUUGCAAAGCAGGUAGCAAAGGAAUGUGGAAGGCUGCCACUGGCCCUGAUCACUGUUGGUCGUUCUUUGAGGAAAGCAAAUCAACCGUCAGUCUGGAGGAAUGCAUUACAUCAACUCAAGACAUCAAGAGCAGAUCAGAUACAUGGCAUGGGCGAAGAAGUGUUUGGGAGUCUUAAAUUCAGUUACGACUGCUUAAGCAAUGACAAGAUUCGUGCAUGUUUCUUGUUUUGUGCUCUAUUUCCCGAGGAUGUGCAAAUAUCUGUUUAUGAGCUGAUUGAAUACUGGAUGGCUGAAGGAUUGAUUGAUGAAGAGGGAAGUAUACAGACUGAGAAAGACAAAGGGCAUGCUUAUCUCAAGGAACUCAAAGAUGCAUGCAUGAUAGAGAGUGUUGAGGAUGAUGAUAAGUAUGUGAGGAUGCAUGACUUGAUCCGGGAUCUAGCAAUUAACAUCACAAAUGACAACCCUGAACAGCCUCUCUUGAUGGUAAAAGCUGGGUUAGGCUUGACGGAAUCACCUAAGGAGGAGGAAUGGGUUAAAAGUCUACAGAGAGUCUCAUUGAUGAGAAAUGAUAUCAAGGCAUUUAGAGGCCAACCAAAUUGUCCCCGACUAUCUACUUUGCUGCUACGUCAUGAUAUCACGAGGAACUCUGAGAUCACCUUCUCUGACACAUUCUUCAAGCAUAUGCACAACCUUAAAGUUCUUGACCUCUCUAACACUAGAAUAAAAGCACUUCCAGAUUCAAUUUCUGUCUUGGUGAACCUUCAUGCGCUAAUUUUGACAAGGUGCAGUCAGCUCGAGUGUUUGCCUUCACUAGCUAAGCUCCAGAAACUAAGACUGUUAAAACUUGCACAGCUAUUUUCCUUGAAAGAAUUACCCCAUGGGCUCAAAAAUUAG